AUGGGGAAAGAGGAGUGCAAAACAAUGCUGGACGCUUUGAACAAAGUGACCGCCUGCUACAGGCAUCUGGUCAUCGCCCUGGGAAGCACUUCGGACUCCCAGAACCUGCGAGAGGAGCUGCAGAGGACCCGCAAGAAGGCCCAGGAGCUGGCCGUGGCCAACAGGACUAAACUGACUUCUCUGCUCAAAGACAAGACCAUCUCCAAGGAGGACCGGACCGAGUACGAGCGCCUAUGGGUGCUGUUCUCCAGCAGCAUGGAGCUGCUGGAGGUGGACAUGAAAAGGUCCCUGGAGAUAGGGCAGGACUUCCCCCUCAAGGUACCGACGAGGCACCUCAUCCAGACGGGCAUGACCGGCAGCACCACCACGGUGGCGGCGCGGGCCAUGAGCGUGCAGAACAUGAAGUACGAGGCGGACAGCAACAUCGACACGGCGGACCUGCGGGAGCUGCGCUCCGAGAUCACCCAGGUGAGCCAGAUGAUGGAGGAGAUGGAGAUGAAGGUGCAGGUGGCGCCGUGGGCCGUGGAGGCGAAGCAGGAGGCGGGCGCCGAGCUCAAAUCCAACAUGAGCGUGGGGAAUUCCUCCGUGGGAGUCAUCUCCAUCUGCGAAGAGGAGCCCAAAGAGGAGGACGGCGGCGGCGGCAGAGGGGAUGCCGGGAUCGCCACGAUCUGCGCCGUGAUCGGAUUCUUUAUCAUCCUCUUUGUCGCUGCGGUUCUAGGAUACCUGGUCAUCAACAUGUCCUGA